AUAUUUCCAGGUUCGGUAGAGAAGGAAGGGGACGAGCGAGGUGUUGGACUGCAGACAACCACAGCUCACAGGGACCCGUUUUCUGCUUCUCUCUCCCUGCUGCUGCCACCUGUAUCCCGGACCGAGGUGCUCGCCUCUUCUCUGCUUCUGUCAGAAGACCAUGGACUCAGAAAUCGAUCAGCAAGACGACACUUCAUUCAGCAACUCAGAGACUAAUGGUAAGCGCCCUGCUGAGGAUGCAGAUGAGCAGAAAUCAUUCAAGCGCUCCAGGAACUCGGAUGAGAUGGUUGAGCUUCGCAUCCUCCUGCAGAGCAAAAAUGCAGGAGCUGUAAUUGGGAAGGGUGGCAAAAACAUCAAAGCCCUUCGCACAGACUACAAUGCCAGUGUGUCAGUCCCAGACAGCAGUGGGCCUGAGCGCAUCCUGAGCAUCAGUGCCGACAUUGAGACCGUUGGAGAAAUCCUGCUGAAGAUUAUCCCAACAUUGGAAGAGUACCAGCAGUACAAUGGCAUGGAUUUUGACUGUGAGCUGCGUCUGCUGAUCCACCAGAGCCUGGCCGGCUCAAUCAUCGGGGUGAAGGGAGCCAAGAUCAAGGAGCUCCGUGAGAACACAAAGACCAGCAUCAAGCUGUUUCAGGAGUGUUGUCCCCAGUCGACAGACCGCGUAGUGCUGGUUGGCGGUAAAACGGAGAGGGUGGUAGAGUGUAUAAAGACUAUGCUGGAGCUCGUCUCUGAAGCUCCCAUCAAGGGUCGUACACAGCCCUAUGACCCCAACUUCUAUGAUGAAACAUAUGAAUAUGGAGGUUUUACCAUGAUGUUUGAGGAGAGAGGGAGUAGCCGUAGACUUAUGGGAGGCUUCCCCAUACGCGGAGGGCGGUCCAGCGCUGGUGACCGCGGCUAUGACCGAAUGCCCUCGAGCAGAGGGGGACGGGGACCCCCGCCUCCCUCCCGCCGCGAUUAUGAUGAGAUGAGCCCACGCCGAGGCCCUCCACCCCACCCAAGUAGGGUGGGAAGGGGGAGUAGCCGUGGACGCAACAUGCCCAUGGGACACCCACACAGAGGAGAUGAUCGUUACUAUGACUCGUACCGCGGCUCAGAUGAAAGGUCAAACGACAGAAGAGGCAGACCGGAUCGCUAUAGCGAUAGCAUGAGUGGCGGAGGAUAUGACAACAGUUCCUCCUGGGAUAGCUACCAGUCAGGUGGACGUGGCUCCUAUAAUGACAUGGGUGGCCCAGUCAUCACCACACAAGUGACGAUCCCUAAAGAUCUGGCUGGCUCCAUCAUCGGUAAGGGAGGCCAGCGGAUCAAACAGAUCCGCCAUGAGUCAGGGGCCUCCAUCAAGAUCGAUGAACCUCUGGAAGGUUCUGAGGACAGAAUCAUUACCAUCACUGGCACCCAGGAUCAGAUCCAGAAUGCCCAGUAUCUUCUACAGAACAGUGUGAAGCAGUACUCUGGUCAUUUGCUGUAGACCCAAGAAGCUCAGAUUGAAGCAGACACAGAUUGCCCUCCCCUUCUUCUCAACCUUUCUGCCCCUGUCCAACACAUCCCCUUCAGACUAUAAUUCUGGAUUGUGGGUGUCUUUUUUUGAAUUUUAUUUUUGUAUUUUUUAAUGAAAUAAAUGUCCAACAUUCCUGUGCAUAAAAGAAAAUGUAGAUGUUCUGCAUUUCGAAGAGUGUAGUCCAUUAGUUUAUCAGAUACAUUUUGCUUUUUUUCUAACACUCAUAUAUCAAAAUAUCCUUCAGACUUCUCACAGACAAAAAUAAACAUAACCUUUAUUUUUUGAUGGUUUUGUUUUUUAUGAAUUUAUUUUUUAUGUGCAAGUUUGUCUCCAUGUGAAUCUGUCCUGUGUGUGCGCGCAUGUCAGCGUGUGUGGGUUGGUGUGCUUUCUGUUGUCUAUAUCAGUCCCUUCACUCUCAGUUGUACCACAUUACCACUCUGUGCAUCAUGCAGAAUGUAAGCUUCUUUUCUUUUUCUUUUUUUUUUCUUUUAAAGAUCUGUGGGGAAUUUUACCCUUUUAGAAUGGAUUUUGGGAUGUUUACGUUGGGACUCGUGUACACACCAGAUACAGGAUAGCCUAAUUUCUAUGAAUAUAGUAGUUGUGUGAUGAAACAAAACUGAAUCAUUUGCGUAACCCCUCACACAUGGGAACUUGUAGCUAGAGAUUUGUUAAGACAUUUUAAUGGAGAUUUGACAAAUGAAACUGAACUUAUCUAUUUUGUCCCUGAUACUUCCUGUGCUCUACACUUGUUUGCUCUCCAUGCUGUAGACUUUACAUUGUCAAAUUGUAAAACAAAUAAAGAUGAUGCCACUUUUUACUGAA